GGGGGGGGUGCGCGGGGGGUGUUGUUGAUGCGGGUGAGUAGAGGCUGAAUGGGAGCGUUUCCCACACAAGAAACGGGGUCACCGCAAAAACAGGCCACCGAAACUGAAACCACUACUACGCCCCGGGUGACGACAACUCCUCACAUUCCGGUGGGUCGUCUCCCGUUAUUCGCGAAGCCUACAAUGGGCUACAGACGACAGCGACUUCAUAACGAGUUUUGUCGGCGAAUCCUCGCGCUCCAGCUGUUAUUUCGCGAGCCAAGACAGUCUCACUUGUGUCUUUCAAGCCAAUGAGUCUGCCCGCUUUCGUCAUUCGCUCUUCAGUGUUACAUUCCGCUGAGCGUUAAGGCUGGGAAUAGCCUGCAUUGACAAUUUAAAGUCAGUUGGAUAUAUUUAUAGCAGUUCUGACAUCAAACAUUGAUGGUGGACGUUUUUAAGUUUUCUCUUGAACGAAUGUAAUGACCUGCACGAGAGGGGCAACCGUCAACAGUUUUCUUGCGUGUGAUGAUAGAAGACACAAUGACGCUGUUGUCUCUUUUGGGUCGGAUCAUGCGUUAUUUCCUCCUCAGGCCAGAGACAUUGUUUCUGCUAUGCAUUAGCUUGGCCUUAUGGAGUUACUUCUUCCACACGGACGAGGUGAAGACCAUCGUCAAGUCCAGUCGGGAUGCCGUGAACAUGGUGAAGGGGAAAGUGGCGGAGAUGAUGCAAAACGACAGGUUGGGGGGCCUGAAUGUCUUAGAUGCGGAGUUCUCCAAAACUUGGGACUUCAAAAACAACAAUGUAGCAGUAUACUCCAUUCAGGGGCGGCGCGAUCACAUGGAGGACCGAUUCGAGGUACUCACCGACAUCACAAACAAGAGUCACCCUUCUAUAUUCGGGAUAUUUGACGGUCACGGUGGUGAGGCUGCAGCGGACUAUGUAAAGGCCCACCUUCCGGAGUCUCUGAGGCAGCAGCUGCUGUCCUAUGAGAGGGAGAAGAGGGAGAGCGUUCCCUCCUACCCCAGCAUCCUGGAGCAGCGCAUCCUGGCUGUGGACCGAGACAUGGUGGACAAGCUCUCCGCCAAUCACGACGAAGCAGGUACUACAUGUCUGGUGGCCCUGCUAUCGGACAGGGAGCUGACGGUGGCCAACGUUGGGGACUCACGAGGCGUGUUGUGUGACAAGGACGGAAACGCUGUGGCAUUGUCACAUGACCACAAGCCAUACCAGCUGAAGGAGCGCAAGAGGAUCAAGAGGGCAGGGGGCUUCAUCAGCUUCAAUGGCUCGUGGCGCGUCCAGGGCAUCCUGGCCAUGUCUCGCUCGCUGGGCGACUACCCCCUGAAGAACCUCAACGUGGUCAUCCCCGACCCCGACGUGUUGACCUUUGACCUGGACAAGCUGCAGCCCGAGUUCAUGAUCCUGGCGUCGGACGGGCUGUGGGACGCCUUCAGCAACGAGGAGGCGGUGCGUUUCGUGCGCGAGCGCCUGGACGAGCCACACUACGGUGCGAAGAGCAUCGUGCUGCAGUCUUUCUACCGCGGCUGCCCCGACAACAUCACCGUCAUGGUGGUCAAGUUCAAGAGCGGCCCCGUGGGGAGCAAGGCUGAGGAGUAGAGGCGGUGAUGAGGUCAUUGUUAUUGUUAUGUUAUAGAUAGACUCUCCUCCCUUAUGGAUAGUGCAGCAAGCAAUCAAUGGGGAGGAUUGGAAACUGUUGCAACAUGCAUACCUGGCAUUAUCUUUGAAACGCAUGUACACCCACACCAACAUCCUACACUAUGUAGUUUGUUUUUCAUUUCUGACUAUGACUUUUGGAGAGAGAUUAUUUUUGCUUGAAUUAUGGCCUUAACUCAGAAGCUGGAGUGCUUGAUCAUCUUGACACACACACACAUACGCUCACACAUACACACGUCCAUCUGCCGUCUCACACAUUGGCAUUCAGCACGAACACACAACUGGGGAUCACCUCUUCAUCAUUGAGAAGAUGACUCUCUGACUCAAACAGUACACUGAUCUAGUGUUCUCUGCACACCCUGCUGCAGUGUAUUGUACUGUCACAGGACUGAUACUGUCCUGAAGAAAAUUGUAAAAGAAAAAGCACCUGUUGAGGCUUCAUUUUGGUGGAAUGAUAAGCCCUUACGUAUCAGUCCAUAAAAAUGUCCUUGGUCAUAUACGGGAUCAGUUAUACCCUGAUCUAGCUCCAGCCAUUGCCUUUUUUGUCAACAUAGUCUUAACAGAGCUGAUGUUAAGUUACUGAAUUAUGGUACUGGACCUGUAUAGGACAUUUGUUUAGCCUAUCCUUGUUUAGGAAAGAUCUGUGAAUUUUAGCACGCAGGUGUUGAUGCCUUCGUCCAUGGGAAUCGUACGGACUGGGAGGUGCAUCUCAGACUGCUUAUUAAAGCACCGUUACCCAUGGCGACUGAGUUAAAGGCCACACAGCUGAAACAGGAAGGCUAAUUUCCAGUAAUAUGCGUAUGACGCAAUAUGAUUGGAGAGACUACUGAUGUGUUAAUAAGGUCAGGAUCAUGUUAGAGACCAAGGAUGGCCAACUUUUCUCUGAGAGUAGCAGGGUGUGCAGGGUUUUGUUCCAGCCCGUAAUAGAUGGUUAUUCAGGACCAUAGUUGGCCACCCGUGUGUUAGUUUUACCAGUGUACUACUGUAUUGAAUACUACUAUUACGACUGUAUUUCCAACAAUCUCUCACAGGCUCACCUCAGAAUUUGACGUUCAUUCAUGUUUCUCAAACGUCAAAUUUCAAAGUUGUUCCAAACAUCAAAUUUCAAAAUGUUUAAGGUUUAGGCAUUAACUCCACAUUUUUAAGGCUAGGGUAAUGUUUAGGCAUUAACUCAGAAUUAUUACGGUUAUACAUUAACCUUUCAGAGUUAAGGUUUGGGAUAGGCUUAAAACCAAAAUAUAAAAACAGCUUUCUAUCGCUGGAUUCGAAUAUGCAACUUUUGGAACAAAAUGCAGAUGUUUACGCCCACCCGCCAUCCCCAUCCACAAUGUCCUAGCAAAACCCAAACCUACUGGAAGAGAACAGACUGUUGUCCCUAGUGGCCGGUUUCCUCUUUAUCUCCCGGAGUCCUCAGACAUGGAUGGACAUUGAAUACUGACUUCUAUAAGGGGUGACCUGCUUGGUAUUUAUUUCAUAGAUACAUAAUUCGAUUUUUUUUUAAUAUAUAUGUUAUAUUAUCAUAUACACCAGAUAGGUGUUGUGUACAGGGUUAACCAUAGUACGGUGCCCCUGGAGCAAAUUAAGGUUAAGUGCCUUGCGCAAGGGUAUAUCGCCAGAUUUUUUUUAUUUUGUCUGGUCGGGUAUUCAAACCAGCAACCUUUCAGUUACUAGCACAACGCUCUUAACAGGUAGGUUACCUGCUGCCCUAUGAGGUGGCAAAUGUAUCAUUUAACAAUGUACCUUAAUUGCCUUAUUUAUUUUUUCAGUUUUAAUCUUAUUGUCAAAACAAAACAUACACAGAUGUUUAUUGUUCACCUGUGCAUACAGUAUGCAUAAGUUGAUAAUGCAACAAGCAUCACUUGUAGACAGUUCACCAACAAGUCAGUCAUUUAAUCUGCCAAACACAAAAUGUAUGAAUUUGCUGAAUGCAGUCUGUCAGUAUUAAAAUCCAAUGCUACCAUGUCAAA